GACAGAGUGGGGAACUGAAAAUAAUUCUGAGAGUAAAUAAACAGAGAGGGUACUGUUUCUCAGCAUGUUUCCCAUUCUGAGCUGUCCUGAGCAUUGUGUGAGUGCAGAAUAGGAAACAAUCUCCCCUCUCUAAACUGUCGUCUGGAUAAUGUUGCUUUUAAAUCCACUGAAUUUAUUUGGCAAACUUCGCUGCAAGUGUACUGUUGUAGAAAAGAUCUCCCUGGAGUGACCCUUCAAGCAAAGAAAAACGAAAAGAAAGAAGUUGAGGAGCAGAACUUGACAACUUCUAACUUCACAAAAGUUUGGACAAGUUGUAAUCCCACUGAAGCUCUCUCAUCCAAAACAACAUUUCAUCCUUGGAUUAUACCUUUCCUAUUGUCAACCUUUCGUAGGAUGGGCUGGCUGCUGUGUGUGUGGUACCUGGCAGCGGCAGAAGUCGUGGUGAUUGGUUUGCAAAGAAGGCAGCACCAGGUGCAGCAUGGCCCCUGCAGCUACACUUUUAUCCUGCCAGAGGUGAAGCAGUGUCAGCCUGAUGGCGACUUCCAGGUGACCAACUCCCUCCAGCGAGACUCGCCUUCGUCACCUGAGUCUUCCCACACUGAAUCCACCUGGCAGGAAAGAAAGUUAGAGAGUCUAGAGAGUGCCACAGAGAACAACACACAGUGGUUGCAGAAGCUGGAGAACUAUAUUCAAGAGAAUGUGCGAUCAGAGAUGGAACGGAGUGUCAUUCACACCCAGACUGCCACUAUGCUGGAGAUAGGAACCAAUCUUCUAAGCCAGUCAGCAGAGACCACACGCAAACUGACAGAUGUGGAGACACAGGUGCUGAACCAAACCAGUCGCCUGGAGAUCCAGCUGCUGGAACACUCUCUCACCGCUAACCGGCUGGAGAAGCAGCUCUUAGAACAGACCCAGGAGGUCUCCCGCCUCAAUGACAAAAACAGCUACUUGGAACAGCGCUUUGCUGCCAUGGAGGCCAGACACAGCAGAGAGCUGCAGGCCAUCCAACAGGAGAAACAGCAGCUGCUGGAACUACUGGAAAGACAGAGUCACCUGGUCAAUGUGCUGGAGGGAGAUCUGGCUAGCUCCACACGUAACAGCACCCUGCUCCAACGCCAGCAGGCCACACUCACAGAUACAGUGCAGCAGCUACUGGCUGUGGUCAGUCACUGUAAUGAUAUUUCUGCUCCUCUUGAGAAGGAGAUGGUGAAGUUCAGGGACUGUGCUGAGAUAUUCAAAUCUGGAGUUACAGAAAGUGGCAUAUAUUACAUUCAUCUUCCUAACUCUACACAAAAAACUAAGGUAUUCUGUGAUAUGAAAACAAGAGGAGGAGGCUGGACGGUUUUUCAGCACCGCAAUGACGGAUCAGUAGAUUUCCAUCGUGGCUGGAGGGAUUACAAACUGGGAUUUGGAGAUCCAUCAGUAGAGCACUGGUUAGGAAAUGAUGUUAUCCACCUGCUUACUACAUCUAAAGACUACACUCUCCAGAUCCAUCUCAAAGAUGCAGAGGGACACCAGGCUUAUUCUCAAUAUGACCACUUCUUCAUUGAUGGAGAGGAUAAGAAGUACAGUAUCCAUGCAAGAGGAUUUAGAGGUACAGCAGGACGCACCAGUAGUCUCACCCACUCAGGCACCAUGUUUAGCACUAAGGAUCAAGACAACGACCAGUGCAGCUGCAAGUGUGCUCAGAUGGCCACUGGAGGGUGGUGGUUUGAAGCUUGUGGACCAUCAAAUCUCAAUGGGAUAUACUAUUCUGGAAACUCCAAUGUGGUACGCUAUAAUAGUAUAAAGUGGUACUACUGGAAAGGACAAAGCUGGAUGGCGUCCAUGACAACUAUGAUGGUACGACCUUUGGACUUCUAAAAGAAGAAAGAGACCAUCACAAAUGGGUCAUUUCACUUCACUGAAAGCCAAAUCAUACAAACAUGCUGGUGACAUCAAUGAAAAUCAUGGACAAAUUGAGCAUUGGACAGCUUGUGCCCAUGCUAUUGUAGCCAUUCAAUCUGUCUCCAUUUUGUUUGUGUAGUCUGGCGAAAUUGCACCAGAAAUGUUUUAUCUCCCUGUAUAGUAAAAGUCAAUUUUGCAAAAGUCUUGCAAUGUAAAAUGCAAUGAACUGGAAUGGUUGAUCAGUGCUCACAUUCAUACUUGAUGGUGAGUUGUGCUUUGAGCCUGAUGUCUGUGUGAUAAAACAGUAACCUAUCAUCCUUCCCCAUCCAGUCCAAGCUUCAGUCCUCUCAAGAUUACU